AUGGAGGGUGAAAACUUCACAGCUUUGUCCGACUUCAUCCUCUUGGGAUUCUCUGAUGUUCCAGAGCUACAUACGCCCAUGUUCAUUAUUUUCUUAUCAUUGUACACAUUAUUGGUGAUGGGGAACCUGCUGCUGAUGCUGCUGAUCAACACUGACCCCCAGCUGUACACACCCAUGUAUUUCUUCCUGACCCACUUGUCCUUCAUGGACCUCUGCCUUUCCUCUGCUGUCAUCCCCAAAGCCCUGGAGACCUUCCUGCUUGGGACAAGCAACAUCUCUUUUGUGGGCUGCUUUGCCCAGAUGCAUGUUUUCAUCAUGCUGGUCACCUGCGAGUGCUUUCUUCUGGGGGUGAUGGCUUACGACCGGUACGCGGCUGUGUGCCAGCCACUGCACUAUGUCACCCUCAUGUCCCGGGCAUGUUGCUACAAGAUGACCGUGCUGGUGUACGCCACAGGCUUCCUCACCUCGCUGGUACACAUGGUGCUGGCAGGGAGGUUGGCUUUCUGCCAGGCGAGGAGCAUCAACCACUUCUUCUGCGAGCUGCCCGCCCUGCUGCGCCUCUCCUGCUCCAGCACCCGCCCCAACCACAUCCUGCAGGUCUGCAGUGCUGAGCUCAACAUCGUGGGCUCCAUCCUGGUGAUCCUGGCGUCCUACGCCUGCAUCCUCUACACAGUCCUGCGGAUGCCUUCUGCAGGGGCACGGCUGAAGGUGUUCUCCACCUGCACCUCCCACCUGGCUGCUGUCACCAUCUUCUGCGUGGCAGGGCUGGUCACCUACAUGCUGCCCAGCAAAGCCAGACCAGAGGGCGAGGAGAAGCUGGUUUCCAUCUUCUACACUGCAGUCACCCCCUUGCUCAACCCCCUGGUCUACAGCCUGAGGAACAGGGCAGUGAAGGGGGCUCUGAGGAGGUUGUGGGGCCAAAGGCUGUUCCCACAGCUGCCCUGGCUUUGA